AUGUACAACUGGCCGUAUCCCAUCAGUCUGACGAUGAUCCACAUGGCGUUCUGCUCGUCGCUGGCGUUCGUGCUGGUGCGCGUGGUGCGCGUGGUGGAGCCGGUGGCCAUGAGCCUCGAGAUGUACGUCUCCUCCGUGCUGCCCAUCGGCGCGCUCUACGCCAUGAGCCUCUGGUUCUCCAACUCCGCCUACAUCUACCUCUCCGUCUCCUUCAUCCAGAUGCUGAAGGCGCUGAUGCCAGUGGCGGUGUACACUCUGGGAGUGGCCUUUCAGAAGGACGCCUUCCGCUGCGCCACCAUGAGCAACAUGCUGCUAGUGUCAGUGGGCGUGGGCAUAGCGGCGUACGGCGAGGCCAACUUCAACUUCACAGGCGUCCUCCUGCAGCUCGCCGCCGUCGCCUUUGAAGCCACUCGCCUUGUGCUCAUCCAGAUCCUGUUGGCGUCCAAGGGCAUUUCCCUGAACCCCAUCACCAGCCUCUACUACGUGUCCCCCACGUGCCUCGUCUUCCUCACCAUCCCCUGGUUCUUCGUUGAGUACCCCUCCCUCGCCCCGCACCUCGUCGCCCCGCACCCCGACCUGCUGGUGUUUGGGGGCAACUGUGUGUGCGCCUUCGCCCUCAACCUCGCUGUCUUUCUGCUCAUUGGCAAGACAUCAGCGCUCACCAUGAACGUGGCAGGGGUGGUGAAGGACUGGCUACUCAUCGCCUUCUCCUGGUCUGUCAUCAAGGAUAGGGUAACCGCCAUCAACUUGUUUGGGUAUCUUCUGGCGUUUGGUGGAGUGUGCUGGUAUAAUCACUCCAAAUUGCAAGAAAUGAAGUCCAAGGAUGCUGCAAGGAAGGCUGCUCAAUUGGAUGAAGAGGAGGGGCUCAUUAAAGAUGGUUCUUCCUCAGACUCAGUAGUGCAAAAGAGGCAGUCUCAAAGCUCCUA